AUGUAGAGUUUUAGAAAAUUUGAUGCAUUUUAAAAAGUGAAUUAGGAUAUUGAUUCUUCUUCUUCUGUUGGAGGGUUAUUUUCUAUUAUUGCGUUAGCUAUUGGAUUCAUACUUUUUUGUCAUGAAUUUUAAGAAUGGAAUAAGUAUACUAUUGUGAGAAAGCUGGAAGUUUAAUCUCUAAAUUAAGCUAUUAUUAAAGCAAAUAUAGACUUAACUUUCUUUAAUGUUCCUUGUUCCUUAAUCAGUUUAGAUGUUUUAUAUUAAGAUGGUUAAUAAGUUUUAUAAGACUACUCAUCCACUUUAACAAGAAUAAAACUAGAUAGAUAAAAUAAAGAAAUAGGAACUGAAACAACAUAUGUAGAGGUCGAAUAAGAAAAUAGCCAGCAAAAGAUAGAGGAAGUUUUAGAGUAAAUUAAAAAUAAAGAGCAGUGCAGAAUUCAUGGCUAAUUACUUUUAAAUACUAUUCCAGGAAGUUUUAAAUUUAGAAUACUUUAAAUGAAAGGUUUAGAUGAGCAGUUAUUAAAAUAAUUAAAUAUUAAUCAUAAAAUCAAUAAGCUCUCUUUUGGUGAUACCAUUAAGACUAAGAAAAUCGAAAAAGUCUUAGGAUUAGAUAAAUCUGAUAGCGAAGCUUUUGAUGAGUCUAGAUAUAAUUAUGAGUAUAGAUGCAGCUAUGAUAACUAUAUAAAAAUCCUUCCAUUGAAUGCUGAGAAUAUCAAAGAAUUAGGUUAUAUUAGAACAAAUUCAUUUAGGUUUACUAUGUAUUAGCAAGUCAUCCCAAAAGAAUAGACUGAUAUCAUUGAAGUUUCCUUUAAUUACUAAGUGUCUCCUAUAAAUAUUGUAUACUAAACAAAAAAUAAAUCUUUCUACAGUUUUGUUGUACAAGUUUGUGCUAUAAUAGGUGGUAUAUUUUGCGUUUUUGGAGUAAUUAAUACUUUGGUACUGAAUAUAAUAUCAUCUAUCAAUUCAAAAUGA